CGCGAGUUGUCCCGGAAACGUCGGACGAUUAUUAAAGAGACACCCGGAAGUUUACGUGCAGUACGUGAAUUGGUGUGGUGAAACAUUUUCCAAACGUCUUUUCUCUCUGUGGGGAAUUUGUAGCGAAGGCAGCAAUGUCUGAAAGAAAAGUUUUAAACAAAUACUAUCCUCCGGAUUUCGACCCUGCCAAAAUCCCCAAACUCAAACUUCCCAAGGACAGACAGUAUGUGGUCCGAUUGAUGGCUCCGUUUAAUAUGAGGUGUAAGACUUGUGGUGAAUAUAUCUACAAAGGCAAGAAAUUCAAUGCAAGAAAAGAAACUGUUCAAAAUGAACACUACAUGGGCCUGCCAAUCUUUCGCUUUUACAUAAAAUGUACCAGGUGUCUUGCUGAAAUUACAUUUAAGACUGACCCAGAGAACACAGACUAUGCAAUGGAGCAUGGUGCAACAAGAAACUUUCAAGCAGAAAAACUAAUUGAGGAGGAAGAGAAAAGAAUCCAGCAAGAAAGAGAAGAAGAGGAGCUUAACAACCCAAUGAAGGUGUUAGAAAAUCGCACAAAAGAUUCCAAGAUGGAGAUGGAGGUUUUGGAAAACCUUCAGGAGCUGAAGGAACUGAACCAAAGACAGGCGCAGGUGGACUUUGAGGGAAUGAUUGAGAAGUACAGAGAACUGGAGAAAAGGGAACGGGAGUUAGAGAAAGAAGAGGAUGAGCGAGAAACCAAAGAAAUGUUGGACCGAGCCCUUGUGAAAAGACUAAAGGACUCAGAUUCAGAAGAAGAAGAGGAAGAAGAGAGCAGCUGCAGCUCACUGUCAACAAACUCCAGCACCGACAAACCCACAGACAUUUUAACCAUUGACAAAACUGCAGAUACUCAAGCAGCUACAGGAGUGAAGAGAGCAAGGACAGAAAGCUGGGAGAGGAGCGUUGGAGUAUUAGGAAGUGGAAAAGCUUUAGGGACUCUGGUCUUACGAAAGAAACCAUCAGCAACUGUUAGCAAACCUGGUCCAGUGGUGAAUACCUCCACUGAUACUGCUGCUACAUCCACAUCACAAAAAGCUUCCAGGACGGCUGAGACAAUCCCCGCUUCAAAGCCUGUUACCACGCAAAGUGGAACUUCAUCCCUGAGCCUACUGGGGGCGUAUUCUGGCAGUGACAGCAAUGAGAGUGACGAGGCAGAUGAAUAGAGUGAUUGACACACAGUUUUGUGAAUGAUACAGAAAGGAAUAUAAUCAUGCAGAGAUUUUAAGUUUUAGAUGUUUUCUUUUGCGGCAUCUCCUGUUUUUUCCAUUCAUAAUGUAUGUAAUUGUAACUUUUAGACAAUAAAUAAUGAUGUGACAUGGAAA